AUAUGUCUUUGCAGGACUCCACUCUUUCCAGAGAGGGGAGCCCAGAGGAAGAGAUUAUGGCUGCUGUGGUUUUUUCAGUUGGACCUCUGAAGUGAUCAAGCUUAAUAGAUGACAUGGAGAGAAAGAAGAUGUUUAAGACACAGUGCUUGGCUGUAGGGAGCUUACGGUCUCACUGAGAGUCCUGAAGUUCCCCAGCCAAAUGAAGAUCUUCACCUUCAGGCAGAAGAAGAAGAAUUGGUAAAGAGCCUCAAGGUAGCCAGAGGUGAGAGCUGAGGGCCUUCUUAGAUUUUUCCUGGGGCUUAGCUCCAGAUGGGAAAAGAAAACAAACGAAGAAUCAGUGACAUUUAAAGAUGUGGCUAUAGACUUCACAUUGGAAGAGUGGAGGUUGAUGGACCCUACACAGAGGAAACUGCACAAGGAUGUGAUGCUAGAGAAUUAUAGGAAUCUUGUCUCCUUGGGGCUUGCAGUUUCCAAACCAGACAUGAUAUCUCAUUUGGAGGAUGGAAAAGGGACAUGGGCGGUAGUGAGAGAAACUUCAAAAACCCUCUAUUCAGAGUUGGAGACCAAACCUACAACCAAGAGUGCUAUGCCAACAGAGAAUAUUUCUGAAGAAUGUUUAUCACAGGAGACCAUAGUAGAGAAACUCAUAGAGAAUGGUCUAUGGGACACCAAAAUGGGAGGAUUAUGGAAAUGGAGUGACAGGAUAUUGAGAUUGCAAGAUAGUCAAGAAAGUCAUUUGAGUCAAAGAAUAGUUAAACACAAGAAAAUUCCCACUCUUCAAAAAGGCUUUAGAUUUGGAUCUGUUCUUUUUCCAGAACCAGGAGUUAUCACAGAAGAGCCCCACAGCAAAUACCAAACACAUGAGGAAAAUUUUACAGAGAAUUUAGAUUUGAUUACAGAUACCCAUCUGGGGAAGAAAAUGUGCAAGGAUACAGAAGGCAACAAAGUCAUAAGCCCUGCUUCAGAACUCACUUUAGAGAAAAAAAACAAUAAAGAAAAACCCUAUAAAUGUAGUACAUGUGAAAAGGCCUUCCGUUAUAGGUCAUUACUCAUUCAACAUCAGAGAACUCACACUAAAGAAAAACCUUAUGAAUGUAAUGAAUGUGGGAAAAUGUUCAGCCAGCCUUCAUAUCUUAGUCAACAUAAAAAAAUUCACACUGGAGAAAAGCCCUAUAAAUGUAAUGAAUGUGGAAAGGCCUUCAUUGCUUCUUCAUCCCUUAUGGUGCAUCAGAGAAUUCAUACUAAGGAGAAACCUUAUCAGUGCAAUGUCUGUGGAAAAUCUUUCAGCCAGUGUGCCCGCCUUAAUCAACACCAGAGAAUUCAAACUGGAGAGAAGCCCUAUAAAUGUAGUGAAUGUGGGAAAGCUUUUGGUGAUAAAUCAAAACUUGCAAGACAUCAGGAAACUCACAAUGGAGAAAAACCCUACAAAUGUAAUGAUUGUGGGAAAGCCUUUAGGAAUAAGUCAUAUCUUAGUGUACAUCAGAAGACCCAUACUGAAGAGAAACCAUAUAAAUGCAUUGAGUGUGGGAAAUCUUUCAAGAAUACCACAAUCUUUAAUGUUCAUCAGAGAAUUCAUACUGGAGAGAAACCCUUUAGAUGUAAUGAGUGUGGAAAAGCCUAUAGAAGUAAUUCAAGCCUUAUUGUACAUAUAAGAACUCAUACUGGAGAAAAACCCUAUGAAUGUAAUGAAUGUGGGAAAGCAUUCAAUCGUAUAGCAAAUUUCACAGAACAUCAGAGGAUUCAUACAGGAGAAAAACCCUAUAAAUGUAACGAAUGUGGGAAAGCGUUCAUUAAUUAUUCAUGCCUUACUGUACACCACAGAAUGCAUACAGGAGAGAAACCUUAUAAGUGUAAUGAAUGUGGAAAGGCCUUCAUGCGUUCUUCAUCUCUAAUUAUACAUCAGCGAAUUCAUACUGAGGAGAAACCUUAUCUCUGUAGUGAAUGUGGGGAAUCUUUCAGAAUAAAAUCACACUUAACUGUACAUCAGAGGAUUCAUACUGGAGAGAAACCAUAUAAAUGUACUGACUGUGAGAGGGCAUUUACCAAGAUGGUAAAUCUCAAGGAGCACCAGAAAAUUCAUACUGGUGUGAAACCCUACAACUGCUAUGAUUGUGGAAAAUCCUUCAGAACUAAGUCAUACCUUAUUGUACAUCAAAGGACCCAUACUGGAGAAAAACCAUAUAAGUGUAAUGAAUGUGAGAAAGCUUUCACUAAUACAUCACAGCUUACUGUGCAUCAAAGAAGGCAUACUGGAGAAAAACCCUAUAAAUGUAAUGAGUGUGGGAAGGUUUUCACAAGUAACUCAGGCUUUAAUACCCACCAAAGGACACAUACCGGGGAGAAGCCAUUUAAAUGUAAUGACUGUGGCAAAGCAUUUAGCCAGAUGGUACACGUCACAGAACACCAGAAAAUCCAUAGUGGAGAGAAACCCUAUAAAUGUGAUGUCUGUGGAAAAGCCUUCAGGAGAGGUUCAUACCUUACAGUGCAUUGGAGAACACAUACUGGAGAAAAGCCCUAUACAUGUAAGGAAUGUGGGAAAGGUUGUAUUACUCUAUCACAGCUAACUCUACAUCAGAGAAUUCAUACUGGGGAGAGGCCCUAUAGAUGUGAAGAAUGUGGAAAAGCCUUCAGAACUAACUCAGACUUCACUGUACAUCUGAGGAUGCACACUGGAGAAAAACCCUAUAAAUGUAGUGAGUGUGGAAAAGCCUUUAGGAGUAGCUCAAGCCUUACUGUACAUCAAAGAAUACAUCAGAGAGAAGCUCAAUUAAUAUAGAGGACAGUAAAUUAUCCAGAUAUGACAAGAAUCUUAUAAACUGUAUAUUUUAUGAAUGUGGGAAAAUGUUCAGGAGCAAUUUGCCAGAAAGUACACACUUCAUAAAUAUAAGAAUGUAGAAAAGCAGUUGGUCAUAUUAAAUCUUAGAAGUUAUAAGAAAAUUCAUAAUUAAAAGGGCGAAUG